CUCUUUAAGUUCGCCCUCUGUCGAGCGUUUCAUUCACAGCUCAGAACCGUCCUUGGUGGUUCAAUCACUACUGGACGUCCUAACCGCAGAAGAGUAGGAAGAAACGUCAAAAUGGUGAAGAUAUCGUUUCAACAAGUAACUGUACAGAAGCCGGAAAAGGAGAACGAUGGAGACAAAGAGGAAAUUCACAUGCCUUACUCUCACAAGGAUGAGUUGGUGCUUCCAGUAAGAUCUAAGAAGUCUCCCUUUAGUGGCCUUUGGUGCGUCGUGCUCGGCCUUGUGAUCUUCCUGUCAGGCUUGAUCAUGGCAUCUGUAUGCCUGUACAGAUACUACUACAGCCCUCAGAUCCCAGAAGAUAGUUUGUUCCACUGUCGGGUGAUGUACGAGGACCCCCUGUUCGCCCCGUUACUCGGACGGCAGGAGAUCGAGGAAAACGUUGGCAUCUACCUGGAUGAUAACUACGAGCAGAUCAGCGUGCCUGUGCCCGACUUCGGAAGCAGUGACCCGGCCGACAUCAUUCACGACUUUCACAGGGGACUCACAGCUUACUACGACAUUGCGUUGGAUAAAUGCUACGUCAUUGAACUCAACACGACAAUCGUCAUGCCGCCCAGGAACCUGUGGGAGAUGCUUGUUAAUGUCAAGCGGGGGAUGUAUUUGCCCCAGACAUACAUCAUUCAGGAGGAGAUGGUGGUGACGGGACGUGUUCGGAACAUGCGUCAGCUGGGACCCUUCAUCCACCGGCUCUGUUACGGGAAAGAAACCUACAGACUGAGACGCCGUAGUGGCCAAAAACACAUCGAUAAGAGAGAGACCAGGAACUGCCACAGCAUCCGGCACUUCGAGAACACGUUUGUGGUGGAGACGAUGAUUUGCGAUCGACUCCUGCUGUAGUUUUACUCCUUCCUCCUCAACUCUACUGAGCAAAACCCAAAAGCGACCCUUCCCCAUCUGUCCAGCUUAACAGCACUUUAUCAGCAUGAUAAACCUGUACAUAAUGUUACAUACUGCCAUCUGUUGUUUUGUCUUUGUCUAAAUUA